AUGGACUCGCUCUUCCAGCGCAGUCUCGACGACAUCAUCAAGGGCCUGCGCCACCAACAAGCUGGGGAGUCAGCCUUCGUGUCCAAGGUCCUCGAAGAAGUUCGCCGGGAGAUCAAAUCGACCGACUCCCACACCAAAUCGACUGCCCUCCAGAAGCUCACUUAUCUCCACUCCAUUUGUUUCGUGGACAUGUCCUGGGCUGCUUUCCACGCCAUCGAAUGCAUUUCCUACCCGAAUUUCACCCACAAGAAGGUUGGUUACCUCGCCAUCUCCCAGUCGUUUCAGGAAUCCACCCCUGUGAUUUUGCUGAUAUCCAACCAAUUGCGCAAGGAUCUGAAGAGCAACGUGGAGGUCGAGGUGAGUUUAGCCCUAGAAUGCCUCUCCAGAAUUGGGAACCUUGAUCUGUGUCGCGAUCUUACCCCUGAAGUUUUCACCUUGAUGGCCAGCUCUAGGAUUCCUGUUAGGAAGAAAGCGAUAGGUGUCGUUUUGAGGCUGUUUGGGAAAUACCCAGAUGCAGUUAGGGUGUGUUUUAAGAGGUUGGUUGAGAGUUUGGAGAGCAGUGACUCUCCACCGAUUGUGUCUGCAGUUAUUGGUGUGUUCUGUGAACUUGCUUCGAAAGACCCCAAGGCGUAUCUUCCCUUGGCACCUGAGUUUUAUAAGAUAUUGGUUGAUUCCAGGAACAAUUGGGUCUUGAUCAAAGUGUUGAAGAUAUUCACUAAGCUGGCUCCUCUCGAGCCGAGGUUGGCUAAAAAAAUAGUCGAACCGAUUUGUGAGCUGAUGAGCAAGACUGGAGCUAAAUCUUUGAUGUUCGAGUGUAUCAGGACCAUCUUGACUAGCUUGGCAGAGCAUGAAUCUGCAGUAAAGCUUGCAGCUGGAAGAAUUAAUGAGCUAUUGAUUGACGAGGAUCCGAAUCUCAGGUAUCUUGGAUUGCAUGCUUUGGCCAUAGUUGCCCCCAAGCAUAUUUGGGCGGUGUUGGAGAACAAGGAAUUCGUGAUCAAAUCUUUAAGCGAUCCGGAUCCCAACAUAAAGCUUGAAUCUUUGCGCCUAGUUAUGGAAAUGGUGUCCGAGAGCAACGUGGUUGAGAUCUGUCGGGUUUUGGUCAACUACGCUACUAAAUCCGAGCCAGAGUUCUGCAAUGUGAUUCUUGGCUCAAUUUUGUCCACAUGUUCCAAUAAUGUGUAUGAGAUCAUAGUUGAUUUUGACUGGUAUGUGUCACUUCUAGGCGAAAUGUCGAGAAUCCAACAUUGCCAGAAAGGUGAAGAAAUUGAGAAUCAGCUUAUUGACAUUGGCAUGAGGGUCCAGGAUGUUAGACCAGAGCUUGUCCGUGUUGGCCGUGAUCUCUUAAUGGAUCCUGCUUUACUUGGUAAUCCUUUCUUGCACAGGAUCUUAUCUGCUGCUGCUUGGCUGUGCGGGGAAUAUGUGGAAUUCAUCAGAAACCCUGUUGAACUCAUGGAGUCAUUGUUGCAGCCCCGGACGAGUCUCUUACCUCCAUCAGUGAGAGCUGUGUAUCUGGAGUCUGCUUUUAAAGCACUAGUGUUUUGUCUUCAUUCUUAUCUAAAGAGUGCUACCAGUAGUGAUCAUUCAGCUCUGGGAUUAUCAGACCCUGGAGUGUCAAGUCAGUCAUAUGAUGAAUUUUCUGGUGCACAUGGGGAAAAUGGUGAGGCAUCUGGAACAACUCUUAUACAGGAAAACCACAUCACCCCCGACUCUGUUCUUCACCUGUUAAACUUGAUCGACAUGGCUGUGGGUCCACUAUCAGGCAGCUAUGAUGUGGAAAUACAGGAAAGGGCCCGGAACAUACUUGGUUUCACAGAGUUAAUAAAGCCAGUACUAUCUGAUUCCUUACAUCCACAAGAUGAAAGACAUAAACAGCAAGUUGAAGCUUCAAAAAUGGUUAGAUUAUUACAUGAUACAUUCUCUGAUGAGCUUGGACCCGUCUCAAUGAGUGCUCAGGGGAGAGUUCCUGUCCCGGAUGGACUAGUGCUCCAUGAGAAUCUUGCUGAUUUGGAAGCCGUAUGUGGAAGUAGCUUACCUGCAUCAAGUGCAACAAUUUCUUUUGAGGGCUCUCACAACGUGGAAGGUGCUACUAGUAUCUUUAUCUCUGACCAGAAAGAAGAAUCAGAGCCGUCAUCCGAAUCCACUUCAUUGCUUGCUGAACACCGUAAGAGACAUGGAUUAUACUAUCUGCCUUCGGAGAAGAAUACUGAACAUCAUGAAGCAAACAAUGACUAUCCACCUGCCAAUGAACUGAAAUCAGGUGUUACCGUAAGUAAUGAUGCUCAGGAUCUCGCUAAGCUUGCUGAACAGUCUUUUCUACCAAAGAGAAAGUCGAAGCAAGUGAAGGCCAGGCCAGUUGUAGUGAAGUUGGAUGAAGGAGACGUGCUGCCCAUCUCUUCUAAGAUACCACAGGCGAAAGACGAUUCGCUUUCGGAAGCUGUUAGAGAUGUUCUUUUAGGUAAUGAAGCUGAUGCUGACACAUUGACGCAGAAAGCUGCUGCUGAUUCAGUUAUUAGGAAGAAAGGCAAAGAGAAACUGAAUGCUAAGGAACAAGAAGAUGAUUUGGAUCAUAUGGAUUCGCAAAGUGGAACGGUCCAGAAUCCUGUUAAAGAGCGAAGUAAGAGAAGUUCGAGGAAGCAGAAUGCUGAUGAGGGGGACCAUGGUGGGGAUAAGGGAAAGCAGAAGAGAAGACAUCGACAUGGUAAGCAUAGAACACGAGAGGGAGUUCAAAAUCCUCCUGCCAAUGUUAUUUCACAGACACCAGUUCCUGAUUUACUUCUAUAG